UGAUGAUAACUUGUUUCGUAUCUACCUAGUAUCAAUUGUAAUAUUCUGUGUAUCUAUUUACAUUCGAGCUAUACAUUUUGUUACAUUAAAUUAUAUAUUUCUGUGCUCUGUGAUUUCACGUCGUUGUGGCGGACAAGUUUAAUAUUAUUUACAACAUCUUAUUGUCGUGACAACGUAAAAAUUCAAUAGGUUCAUAUCUAUUUUUUAGACAAUCCCUCCUUGUCCUUUUUUCAUAUCAUAAAAAAAAUAUUUAAUUAUUUCAAAUCAAAUCAAAAACGAUGGUUGAAGCUAACGAAGGGACCCUUUUUAUAGUGGAUGAAGUGAGUGAUAUUAUUAAGGACUCGAUUGAACAUUCAAUUGGCAGUCAAUUAUACCAACAAAAUAUGGUAAAUAAAUGGACAGAUUCUGUAGUUGAGAAUUGCCUAACAAGACUUUGUAAAUUGGCUAAACCUUUUAAAUAUAUAGUUACAUGUGCCAUCAUGCAGAAGAACGGCGCUGGUUUUCACGCAGCAAGUUCAUGUUAUUGGGAUAACUUAACAGAUGGUAGUUGUACAGUUAGAUGGGAAAACAAAACUAUGUAUGUAAUUGUAUCCGUUUUUGGCCUAGCCAUCUGAAUAACCAUAUGAAAUUUAUGUUUAAAAAUAAUUACAUGUUUACACCAUUAAAUAAAAAAUUAAUUAUACAUUUUUACUUUUAAAUACAAUAUGUAUGAAACAAGGAAAUAAUUCUAAUAUUUUUA